CGUGACUCAUCCAUUCGCAUAUUCGUUACCUGCUACAAACGUGAGUAUGCAUACUCUGCCCAGCGCCCAGGACUCUUCCAACCUACUCCCAUCGCCGCUGUCCACCACUCCGGCACAUACUACAGACUAUCACACCGAAAACAACACAAGUGGUGAGGAGCCUGAGUUUACAGGCUGUUUCAGUGAGUAUUCGAGCGAGCUUGUUGGCCACGGGGACUACUCAUUUGACAUGGAGGGCAUAGCUAGCAAGUUCUGGCCAGACGGUACCCUUGAGCAAAGCAUGGCUGCUUCAAAAGGAAAAUUUGCCGACAUUCUAAGCGACCUUCCGGUAUUUCUCAGUGAUGAGAGUGAGCUGUUCAGCAGUUCUGACGGCGUGCAGCUGAGAUUUUCCAAGGUACUGCUGUCUAUGUGCUUUGAGAGAGUCUGGAAUCGCAUGAGGGAGUCUGCAGCCAGCGCAAUUUCAAAACGACUCGGUGCCGGCCUGUUGCCUGACCUUGUUGAUUUCCAGACUGACGAGGCUGCUGGUGCUGACGGGAAUACAAAUUUGAUGUUUUGCUCCAAGGAAUCCUGCAGGUACGACUAUUCUUCAGCGCUGAUACUAGUUGAAUGUGAUCUGGGCAAAUAUUUGGGACUACUGCCGGAUAGCGUACUUGAGCGGAUCGGCAGGCGCGUCCUCAACGUGUGGCGUCUGCAGCCGACACGCCAGUUUGUUCCUGUCCUGUUCCUCAGUGUCUUGAAUCUGAAACUACUGCUGUUUACUCGCGACAAAUGGUACUGUGUCGAGCUUGGGGACAUUGGAUAUUAUACGCUGCAGCCCGAUUGGAGUGACCUCAGUGAUGUGGAUCUAGUGCUUCAGCGGCUCUGGUUUCUGGCUUCCUCUCCGCCUUCAGAAAUCGGGCACGUCUGCAACAUUUCAACCAAUGAUUCUGGGCUGGCAUUCACAAAGGCAACCAGCGUCUACAAACUGUCCGCUGUUCCAAUAUACACCCCAGACGCGUUUAUCAUUGAGGAUCUCAUCCAGAGUGCCGGGAGCCUACGUGGCCGCUUGUGCCACGUCAUCCGGGGCCAAUAUGGUGGAGAUGCUGCUGUUAUGAAGAUUUCGUGGACGCCUGCUGGACAGUUUCCAGAAGGCGCCGCCUAUGAUAUUCUCAGCCAACAGGGCGUGGGCCCGAUUCCCGAGGUAUAUUGCGGCGGUGUCUUGGUCGAGGACCUGUGUGGCUACCGCAUGGAGUUUCUUGUUGUCGAGGACUGUGGAUGGUCGCUGUACGAUUGCUUUGACAAAGCUCCGCAGCCUUCUGAAGAAGCAACAGUGGAUACUAUCAUCGGCAUAGCCCGCCAAGUGUCAUCAUGCCUGGCCAAAGCAUAUUCUGCAGGUGUAUUGCAUAGAGACAUCUCCAGAGGGAACAUCACGAUAAAAGGGCAGAAGGCAUACAUCAUCGACUGGGGGUGCUCUAGGCCGUUGGUCGAUGCUGUCAACCAGGAAGCGCAUGUAAAUGCAUGCAGGCAGUGGCUCUUCAAUGCCAGCGAGGUAUCACAAGUGGAGCGGCUCCACGACCCCUUUGUCGGGACGGCUCGAUAUAUGAGUAUCCAGAUACUCCUUGCCAGCAAGAAGCGUGGACUCCAUGACGACAUCGAGUCGCUAUUCUACGUUGUGCUGGAUAUCCUGAUGAAGCUGCAGAUAGAAAGGCAAGGCUAUGAGCUGGCUGUGGACCCCUUGGAAGUUUUGGAUGAUGAUGAAAUGGCACUUCAUCGAACCGCAGCGCUAGAGUACAAGGACGAAUAUCUGUCUUGGUUCGGGAUAGGCGAUUGCCCCACCAAUCUAAAGUGCGUGCUCAACGCCAUGUACGACUAUUUGUUCGUCGUUGACGGAACGAACAUCACAAACGACAUGUAUAAUGGCCGCGUUUCUCGCGAAAGUCACGAUCUUGUAGCUGCUGCGCAGUUCAUGGAUGCCGACGCAGUCAAGGCCCUCAAAAGAGCAUGCAUGCCUGCGUCAAAUUAAAAGACUCCGUUCAGAGUUCGGCUGCGGAAUGAACGAUUCGCAGGGGUCGUGCCAUGGGUGCUGAUGCUUCAAAGUGUGACCCUG